UAAAAGAACCUAGUGUUGGAAAUCCUGCACUAUAAAUACAGCACAACUUUUAUAUGGAACUUUAAUACAUACAAAAUCAUGUCCUUGAAAGAAAAUAUGGGUAGGAUGGAGGACAUGACGACUGUUCCUAGCCUUUCCAGUACAAAAAAACAAGCAAAACCCAAUUCUCCUGACUCUCCAAAAACUUCAAAAGCCAACCCCGUGAAUGGAAAACCAAGGAAAGAUCGUCAUUCCAAGGUGAAUGGCCGUGACCGCCGUAUCCGGCUGCCGGCUGUCUGUGCUGCCAGGAUCUUUCAGCUCACUCGCGAGCUUGGAAACAAGACUGACGGUGAAACGAUCGAGUGGCUUCUCCGCGUGGCUGAGCCUUCUGUCAUUGCAGCCACAGGCAAUGGUAUCAGUGCUGUGGCCACUAAUCCUACUGCUAAUCCUCCUGCUCCUGCUAACAUACCCUUCAUCAAUUCUUUCACUCCUGGCCUGCCAAUGAGUUCUUUUGAUUUUUCAGGUUCUCCUUUCAUGUAUCCUGGUGAAGGAAGAGAAGGGCUGAUGAUCAAGAGUUAUGAAUUUCCAAAACCUGAACAAGUUUUCGCAGUCAUUUUGCACGUACACUGGCAGCUACGUAACAAUGCUUGGGCUUAUUGCGAUGGCCGGGUUAAAAUCUCCGCAAGCAGGAGGUCGUGGUCGGUGGCAAAUGGGAGGCCGAUCCUGAGGAUAAGAACUUUGAGAUCCUUUAUCAAAUAAACUACAAUGUAUAUUACAUCAAAAUUAACUUUUAUAUUCCAUUUUAUGUCAAUUUAAUAAGAAAAUGUAACAGUAGUCUGACUCAUAUUUUUAUUUAUAAUGAAAAGUAAAAGAUUUUGAAUUUCA